CACUACAUUGUAAUUAAUAAAUGUUUAACUUUAGUGUAUAAAACAACAAAUUACGUCAAUACAUCAAUCGUACUGUGUUUUUAAAAAGGUGUUGCAUCCAUACCAAUUUCAUUUUCAUGAUAUCUUUUUAUUGCUAUAAGGUUUCAUAUUCAAACAUCAACAGUCAGAGAUGAUAUCUAUCUUUAAUAUAAAACACUAUUUUCUUCUGCUUGCGUUAUUAAAGAAUAUUUUCUCAGAACAUUCUGUGUGUAUCAGAGAUUACCAAAAAGUUGGUUGUUUUUUGCAGUCCAAAAUUUAUCUAUAUGACAUAUUGAUCAAUGAUCGAGUUGAAACUAAGAAUCCUAUUGAUUGGCAAAACUAUGAUAGCUAUUUGCACAGCCUCUUAUGCCGCUGCAACCAAAAGGCAAUUGAAAAAAACAAGUUAGAAAAAAAAGAAUACAAUUUCAUUUCUAUUCGCUUUUAUGGUGAAUGCUAUGCUGGAAAAGAAAUAUUAAAUGGAACUCAAGUCAGUGGAUGUAAAACAGGAAAAUACAAAGAAUGUGUAGAUAGAGAUAUUGAAGAGUGUGCUGGGACUAGUUUAGUGGAAUAUUUAUACAGGAUUAAAACAAGUGUAGAUGGAGGAUAUUCUGAAUGGAGUCCUUUUUCAAGCUGUUCUAAAAGUUGUGAUGGAGGAAUACAGGUGCGUACAAGGACUUGCACAAAUCCAUCACCAAUGGGAAAUGGAAAAGAUUGUAAAGAUCUCGGACAGUCCAUUGAAGAAAGACAAUGCAAUAGAGUUUCAUGUUCCAGUGAAUGCAUUUUCAAAUAUAACAAUGAUGAAAGUAACAAUGAGAUUUUCGUUGGAAAAGUAAAGGAUGAAAAUGAAUGCAUCAAAAAAUGCUUUGAAAAUCAAAAAUCAGACCCUGCAAUUAAUGGUAUAAAAAUGGAUCUAGAUGGAACAAUAUGCUAUUGCAAACAAGGAAUGAAAUCUAUUAGUGAAGAGUCAAACCAACCAUUAUGGAAAACUUGUUUUAUUCCUCUGAAACACAGAAAUGGAUUUUAUUCUACGUGGUCUUCUUUCUCAACUUGUUCAAAAAGCUGUGAUGGAGGCAUUGAAGUUCGUACAAGAACAUGUACCAAUCCUGCACCAUUAGGUGAUGGGAGAGAUUGCUCAGACCAAGGUUUAGAUAGAGAAGAAAGAAAAUGUAAUACAGAAUCAUGUCUUGGUUGCACAUUUAAAAUUAAUGAUGGUGUUGGUGCAGGAGAGGUGCAUUUAGGAGCAGUGAAAAAUGAAGCAGAAUGCGUUGCCAAGUGUUUUGAACGACAAAAAAUUGACCCAACUAUUAAUGGUGUGACUACUGAUUUACCUGGUAAAAAUUGUUAUUGUGAACAAGGAAUGACAUCGCAAACAGGUGGUUCUUCAUGGAAAAGUUGCUAUAUUCCUCUAAGAUACAGAAAUGGAGGUUACACUGAAUGGAGUCCAUUUUCAAGUUGUUCACAAAGUUGCGAUGGUGGUGUUGAGAUUCGAACAAGAACUUGCACCAACCCGUCGCCUGUUGGAGAUGGUAAAGAUUGCCAAAGUAUUGGCCCAAGCAGAGAGGAAAGAAAAUGCAAUGAAGUUUUCUGUGACAGUGGUUGUGUUUUUAAAGUGAAUGAUGGAGUGGGUGCAGGUGAAGUCUUUAUGGGAGUAGUAAGAAAUGAAAAUGAAUGUAUUGCCAAAUGCUAUGAAAGGCAAAAAAUUGAUCCAACUAUCAACGGAGUUACAACAGAUUUAACUGGGAAAAGUUGUUACUGUGAGCAAGGAAUGAAAUCCCAAACAGGUGGUUCAUCAUGGAAAAGUUGCUUCAUACCCAUAAAGUACAGAAAUGGAGGUUACACUGAAUGGAGUCCAUUUUCAACUUGUUCACAAAGUUGUGACGGUGGUGUUGAGGUUCGAACAAGAACUUGCACCAACCCUACACCUGUUGGAGAUGGAAAAGAUUGUCAAAGUAUUGGUCCUAGCAGAGAAGAAAGAAAAUGCAACGAAGUUUUCUGUGAUAGUGGGUGCGUUUUUAAAAUCAAUGAUGGCGUUGGCGCAGGAGAAAUAAAUAUGGGAGCAGUAAAAAAUGAGAAUGAAUGCAUUGCAAAAUGUUUUGAAAGACAAAAGAUUGAUCCAACUAUCAACGGAGUUACAACAGAUUUGGCUGGAAAAAGCUGUUACUGUGAACAAGGAAUGAAAUCACAAACUGGUUCACCUGCAUGGAAAAGUUGUUUCAUUAAACGAAUAUCUUGAACGCUUUCCAGUAUACAUAUAUAUAUAUAUAUAUAU